AUGGGUGAAAAUAGGUUGCAAUACAAGUUACUUCAUAAAAUGUCUGAACAGAAACUCGAAUUAUCCAAACCACAAAGUUCGCUUGAUAAAGAAAAAGUUUCACAACUAAAUCAGGAAACGGAAGAAAUACUUCAUGAUCUUGAUAAACCUGACAAGAAAGUUAAUAAAUUGACUGAACAAAAAUUAGAACAUUUAAAACGAUUCAUCGAUGAGAUAAAGGCAGAAACACAAUUAGUUUGUGAUGAAAAAUUUCAAAAAUCUCGAACAAAAGAGAAUAAAAGAAAAGAAGAACCUCAGCCCAGGUCUGUACCAACUUUGUUAGUUGAUUUGAGAAAACCUUUUAAUAAAUGGGAUGUCAUAAAUAAUCCUCGGAGACAAGAAUUUAAUUCAGAAAUCAAUUCUACUUAUAAAUCAAUGUGGAGUGUCAUCGAUAAAAUCAAAUGA